AUGCGCCUCGGCUUUUUAGGCCUUGGGUUCAUGGGAGUUCCUAUGGCCCGCAUUCUCUCAAGAAGGUUUCCUCUUAUUGUCUGGAAUCAAAGUCCUACCAAAUAUGUGGCCCUCAAAAAAGAUAGAGGCAAAGUUUCGAUUGGAGAAACACAUACAAAGGUGGUUGAAAACUUAGACAUUAUCUUCAUGAUGCUUUUCAACGCUGCGGCAACCAGUUCAAUCCUCAGCAAAGAUUUGAAAAAAGACAUCCGUGGCAAAAUCCUGGUCAAUACUAGCUUGGUGACUGUCGAAUUCAGCAAGUCUUUUGAUGAAGAGGUUCGGGAAGCUAGCGGACAAUUUCUUGAGAUGCCCGUGAGCGGCAGCAAAAUCCCUGUUGAACAGGGCCAGCUGGUUGCAAUGAUGUCUGGUGACCCGGAUCUCGCCAAGCUCGUUGAGCCCUUUGUCGAACCUCUCAGCUUCUCGGCGAUCUAUUGUGACCCUAUAGGCUCCGGUCUCAAAGCAAAGUACGCGGUAAACACUUUGCUUAUCACUCUGACUGUUGGGCUGGCCGAGUCAAUGAAUCUGGCUCAAGCCCAAGGUCUUAAUUUUGAGGCCUUCGCAAAGGUCUUGGAUGCCUGUCCGAUGGCGUCGCCCUAUUCCAAGAUCAGAGUUGGCAAGAUGCUGAACCAGGAUUGGUCUCCCCAGGCCGCAACCAAGGACUGUUACAACAGCACGCAGCUGAUCCAGUCUGCUGCAGUUGCGGCGAACAGCCGGUCACCUCUUACGGCAGUAUGCGGAGAGCUGUACGCCAAAGCGAUGGGCACGGGCAUGGGCGAGGAGGACAUGAUUUCAGUCGCUAAGCAGAUAGCAAGUCAUCAAACAUAA